CAAGAUUCUAAGAAUGGACUUGUUCAAUGAAUAAGUUGUUGAUGUUGCGAAAUUUCUCAAUGACAGUGGAUCUCUAAAUCAGAAAUCCGCAGAUCACAGCAGAACUCACAACAUGGACACAGAGGAAAAUGCAAUUUCAUUAAAAACACUGAAAAAACAUGGAUGGGGAGAUUUAGAAUUACGGGGAUAUCAAUUAGAUGGAGUAAAUUGGUUAAUUGGUUGCUAUAACAACAACCAUGGUUGUAUUUUGGGAGAUGAAAUGGGACUAGGGAAGACAUGUCAGACUAUAGCUGUGCUGACUUAUCUUAAUAAAAAGCCAGUUACCUCCCCUAACCUAGUUGUAUGUCCAAGAGCUGUACUGGAGAACUGGCAAGUGGAAUUUAAAAGAUUUGCACCUAAGUUAAAGGUGGUUCCUCUGAUAGGAGCUAAAGAUGACAGGAAAACAUUCUGUGAUGAUAUUAAGAAGAAAAGUAAAAGUGGGGAAUACCCCUUUGAUGUUCUCAUUACUACUUAUGAGAUUUGUUUAAAAGACCACAGUUUUUUACAGUCAGUACCAUGGAAUAUAUUGGUAGUUGAUGAGGCUCAUAGGCUGAAAAACCAUGAAUCUUUACUCUAUAGAACACUAGAACAGUGGGAUAUAGGACAGAGUUUUCUACUAACUGGAACACCAGUACAGAACAACUUGAUGGAGCUGUACGCUUUACUCAGUUUUGUUGAUGAUAAAAAAUUCUCUCCAUCUCAACUGGAUCAUUUUGUUGCUAAAUUUUCUUCUGAAGACAAUAAAAAAUUAGAAGAAUUACAUGAUCUGUUAAAGCCGUAUUUAUUACGAAGAACUAAAGCUGGAGUUUUAAAAGAUCUGCCCAAUAAAUCAGAAGUCGUUUUAUAUCAUGGGUUAUCUCCCUUACAGAAGAAGUUAUAUAAAGCUUUAUUAACGAAAGAUUUAGAGGUAUUUGAGAAUUCCAAUCCUAACGCGAAAUCUACAAGUUUAAUGAAUAUUUUGAUGCAGUUAAGGAAAUGUGUCAAUCAUCCCUAUCUGUUUGAUGGUGUGGAACCAGAGCCAUUUGAACUGGGAGACCAUUUGAUUGAGUCUAGUGGAAAGCUAGUCUUGAUCGACAAAUUGUUAGGUCACAUGAAGAGGAAUGGUCAUAGAGUGUUGAUGUUUUCUCAGAUGACCCAUAUGUUAGAUAUUCUACAGGAUUUUCUUAGUUAUAAAGGCUAUACGUAUGAAAGAUUAGAUGGGUCUGUACGAGGGGAAGAGAGAUUUUUAUCAAUACAGAAAUUUAACCAGAGUGAUGAAACAUUCGUUUUUCUUCUUAGUACCAAAGCAGGUGGACAAGGUAUUAACCUAACGUCAGCUGAUACUGUAAUAUUUGUAGACAGUGAUUUCAAUCCACAGAAUGAUUUACAGGCUGCUGCUAGAGCUCAUAGAAUCGGUCAAAUGAAAGCUGUAAAGAUUAUAAGAUUAAUUGGCAGACAUAGUGUAGAGGAAAUUAUUUUAAAACGAGCAGAAGAUAAACUCAAAUUAACAGAGAAAGUUAUAGAGAGUGGACAGUUUGCUCUCGGAAACCAACGUUUAUUUGCUUCUAACAGAUCAGAGCUACAAGAUGUAUUAAAAUUUGGGGCUGAGAAACUAUUUAAUGAAGAUAAUGAUGAUGAUAAUGAAGAUGAUUUUAAGAAGAUUCUGGGACCAACAGUUGAUGGACAAUGGACUCUGAAUGAAGAAGAUGAUGAUGAUGAGAAGAUAGAGUCUAUAAGUGAUGAUAAUAAUAUAGCACCACAGAGUAUGUACAUGUUUGAAGGGACUGAUUAUUCUAAUGAACCAUCAGCAGAAGAUAAAAAAACUUUUGAUGCCUUGAUAGAAGCUGAACGUAAAAUUCUAGAAAAUAAAAUGACUGGUGAACGAGCCACGAGAAAAAAAAAUUCCACGUUGAUUACAGCUCUACCAGAAUUUACACGGAAACCAAGAAAACAAUUAACUCCAGAACAAUUGGAGGAGAGGAGGAAAAAGAGGAAAGAGGCAGCUGAAAAAAGAGCUAAACAGGCUGAAGAACAAGAAAUAAAAAGAGCUCAAGAAUUAAGGAAAAUCAAGUAA